AUGGUAGCAGGGGACUUCAACACGGACCUAGGAGAGGAAAAGCGUGGCUUGGAUCAUCUAUGCUCAGAGUGCAAUCUCAUUGAUCCCAUUCUGACAACACCUGGAGCAGCAGACUUCUCAACUUACAACCAUGGCAAGAACAUUCUGGACUACAUCUUGAUCGAUCAAGAACUGCUCCCAACAAUUGUUCGAUGUGGUUAUGAAGCCUUCCACGCUCAUGUCAUUAGUGAUCACAGAGGAGUCUACAUCGACGUUGACACAGACCUGUUCUUUGGGGUUGAUCCACAGGUUUUGUCAGAAAACAAGCAAGGGACAUCAUCAGUACAAAAGCUCACCAAAUUGGGCCUUAUUUCGACAACAAACACCAACAUUUAG